GAUUUUUGACAUUUUGUAAUAUUAAACAACUUGCAGUUUUUUACUUACUAUUAAAAAUUGAACCCUAUUAAUAUUAGCAAAUUAAAUAAAAAUGAUGCCUAUUAAAGAUUCAUUUUUAAGACCAUUGUGGCAUAAUGGACCAACCCCUGGAAAAGAAUAUAAUUUUCCAUCUAAAGCACCCAGUGCAAGCUCAAAUACAGGGGAUUAUGGAAAUCAACGAAGCGCACAACCAAUCGCUACUGGAACAUCAGUUCUUGGUAUAAAAUUUGAUGGAGGAGUAAUCAUUGCUGCUGAUAAUCUCGUAUCAUAUGGAUCAUUAGCACGAUUCCAAGAUGUGCAACGUGUUUUCGAAAUCAAUCCAAAGACGGUGAUUGGUGCUGGAGGAGAUUAUGCAGAUUUUCAAUUCAUAAAACGUUUAAUAGAUGACAAAAUAGUUGAAGAUAUAUGCUAUGAUGAUGACAUUGUUAUUAAACCAAAAUCUUUGUAUACAUGGGUUAUAAGGUUGCAAUAUUAUAGAAGAAGUUGGUUUAAUCCGCUUUGGGUAGAUAUGGUGAUUGGGGGUUUAGAAGAUGGAGUACCAUUCUUAGGACAUGUAGAUUUACGUGGUCGAGCUUAUGAAGAUUAUGCUAUCGCAACAGGAUAUGGUAAACACAUAGCCAUCCCCUUACUAAGAGAACAUUUAGAUGGUAAAACUCUUCCAAGUAAAGAAACAGCUUUAGACUUGAUAAAAAAAUGUAUGGAAGUUCUUUAUUAUCGAGAUUGCCGAUCUUUGUCCACUUAUAAUGUUAUAGUGUGCGAUAAAGACGGUGCUGUUAUACACAAGGAUUUGGAAGUUAACCAAAAUUGGGCAUUGGCGCCGUUAAUCAAAGGAUAUUAAUUAAAGGAAAAAAUAAUUAAAAAAAUAUUGUAUAAGAAACAUUUUUUUAAAUUUUAUCAAUAAUAAAAUCUGGUAAAAUAUUUA